AUGACUCGCUUGUUGCUUCAGAUCCCUCGUUUCGUACUGUGCCAGUGUGUUCUUGUGCCAUCACUCGUGUAUCCUUUAAAGCACUUUUUGCUCGUGAAGAAGCCAUAUUUUCAUAGGGUCGUUAUUCAAUUGUUGAAAAAGGUAGCGAGAUUAACAAUACGUAUUGCAGGUAUAAUAGCAAUAAAAGAAGGUAACAUUACCUGCUUCAUUUUGCGAUGA